CGCCCCCCAACAAGGAACAGUUCGAUUCAGUCUCUCCUACAAGCAUCAUUCAAGCCAUCAUGCAAGCCCUGUACAAGUUUCUGCUUUUACAAGUUCUGGCUUCUCUUGGACAGCAAGCUCUUGGGAGUGAAAUCAUUAAAGGGAAAAAUGCCAAUAAAAAGUCAAUGAUGUAUAUGGCAUCGGUGCAAAACAAAAUGGGUCAUGCAUGUGGAGGAUUCCUGAUCAGCGAAGACUAUGUAAUGACCGCUGCACAUUGCGAUGAUUGGAAGCCUGAGAGUGUUGUUCUGGGUACCCAUGAUCUCAAGAAGGUCAAUGACGCCACAAUGAGAUACAGCAUACAGAAGUGCAAGCACCCAUCAUACAAGAAGCUUGGCUCUGGAAGCGAUAUCAUGCUCCUCAAACUAUCUAGGAAAGCUCUCGUUGGCAAAAAACCCAUUCAGCCAGUUCAACUUCCAAGUGGUGAAAUAAACCCAAAAACAUAUAAGAAGUGCAAAGUGGCAGGAUGGGGGCUUACCAAAACAGGUGGAACGGCUGUACCCAAACUGCAAGUGGCCAAUGUUCCAGUAAUCGAUCAGAAAACAUGUCAGAAGUUGUGGAAGAACAAACUGCCCGCUAAUGUGACCUGUGCAGGUGGAUAUGGCACAAAAACAGGAUUCUGCCAGGGUGAUUCUGGUGGCCCUCUGGUGUGUGGCAAGGAUGUAGCAGUGGCUGUGGCUUCUUUUAACAACAACAAAACCUGUACUUACCCAAACAUACCAAACAUCUACACAGACGUGUCCAAAUUCCUUCCCUGGAUCAACCGCAUUCUCCGAAAAAAGAAAUGCUAAAUGAACUGAAAUUGUGUGGAUGUAUUGCUUUGCUUCAUUUAUUCUCCUGAGCUAAAGAAAGCUUUGCUCAUUCAGAUAUGUUUAAAUAAAAAAAACAAAAGAUCCAUCAUACCUUUGCAAGUUUUAGGUUUUAAGAUGAGUUAAUAAAGAUAUAAAAUGUUUCUUUGUGAAUUUGUCAUUAGUUAUAAAAUCAAAACACUCUGCUUGAGCUCAUUUAAACUGCUGUCUGGUGAAAAAUUUAAGUGAAAACAAAAAAAAAAAUCUGUCUCUCUCAUACUUGUGGCAUAGGAGCAUCAAUGGUAUUAUCUGUUGUUUGUUAUCUGCUUUGUCUGACACGUAAAUAAAUGUGUGGGUUCUACCAGGUACAU